CUUUCAUAGACAUGGAUGACUCCCAAUGGGCCAGUCAUGACAUAAAAACCACAGAACCAAGUCUUCAUACAGCCAGUGUUCAGGCAAAUACAUCACAGGACUAACUUUCACUGAACAGGAGAGGAUAUAAGGCCUUAGUGGGAGUUAGGUGUAAAAGCAAUCACGGACACAGAGUACCCAUGGCAACAACACUCUCUAACCUCUCAAUGGCCACCAACUCGUCAGAAGAUCUAAUGAUCAAUUCUUCUGCAUGUGAUUCCAUCUCCCCCUCUCUGCAUCAGAACAAGCUGAUCCCCACCAUCUACAGUGUCAUCUUUGUCCUUGGUUUCGUGGGCAAUGUCUUGGUGGUGUUCGUAUUGUGUCAAAAGUCCAACCGUAAAACAGUGGCCAACACUUACAUUGUAAACUUGGCCAUCUCAGAUCUGUUGUUCCUGAUCAGCCUGCCUUUCUGGGCAGUCUACUACUCCUUUGACUACAACUGGGUGUUUGGUGGGCUGAUGUGUAAGCUGUGUGGCUGCCUCCUCUCCCUGAACGUCUACGCCAGCAUCUACUUCAUCACCUGUAUGAGUGUGGACCGCUACAGAGCCAUUGUCUAUCCCCUCCAGUCUCAGUGCAGCAGGAACCUGUGUCGGGCGCGAGUGGUCAGCUGUGUGAUCUGGACCAUCGCUGGCCUCAUGACCAUCCCCACCAUGGCCUUCAGAGACACCUACCACCUGGAGGAGCUGGGGGUCACGGCCUGUGUCCUCAUCUGCCCACCCUACUGGUUCCCAGGCCUGGCCCUGACCAAGAACAUCCUGGCCUUCCUGGUGCCCUUCACCGUCAUCGCCAGCUGCUACUGCCGCAUCGGGAAGCACCUCCUGGGGGAACAGUCCAGCCUGGACAAGAGCUCCAGCAACCUGGACCGCGUGAUGAAGAUGGUGGUGGCUGUGGUGCUGGCCUUCUUCGUCUGCUGGUUCCCCUUCCACAUACUCACCUUCCUGGACAUCCUGAGCACCCUGGGGGUGAUGCACAGCUGUUGGGUGCGCCAGGCCAUCAUCACCCUGAUGCCCUUCACCCUCUGCCUGGGCUUCUCCAACAGCGCCAUCAACCCCUUCCUCUACUGCUUUGUUGGGAACCACUUUCGGGAGCAGCUGUGGCGGCUGUACGAGGAGAAGGCUCCCAGGCUGUCCCAGAAGAGAGACUCCAUCAGCACCAGGCUCAGCUCCUUCUCCAGGAAGCUCAGCGACCUCAAGGACACGGGGCAACUGGAGACUCUGGACCAACACAGUAGGGGCCCCUAGUGGAGGGAGGUUACAUGGCAGGACUAUGAGAGGCCUGUCUGUCAGAUGUGUAACAGUUGACCCCGGGCAUCUUGGAUGACCCCCAGGCCUAGUCUCCAGGGGACGUUGACCCCUCUAUCUACUCCUAAUUAGGGACACCCUGUAGGCUGGACAGAGGGCAUAUCAACAUAUAUUUAAAUGUCAGUUUCACAUCCCAUGCCACCAAGCUCAUGUUAGGGUGAAGGGAUAUUAUAUCACAAAAUCUACAGAAUAUGUGCUGGGUAAACCUGUCAUGUUUUCUGAGAUCCACAGGCCAGUGUGAUAAUAAGUGUGUGAAAUAUACAACUACAGUGUAUGUGCCUUUGUCCUAGUUACAAUAAUGUGAUAUGUGUAUGUUGUUUUUAUUGUAUAUAAGUAAAAAAAUAUGUCAACACAGAGCCUUCUAAAUGGCAAGAAAAGGUACAUGCAAACAUCUACUGUAAACUGUGUCUCUUGAACCAUAAUUAUAAUAUGCCAUUUAGCAGACGCUUUUAUCCAAAGCGACUUACAGUCAUGCGUGCAUACAUGUUUGUGUAUGGGUGGUCCCGGGGAUCGAACCCACUACCUUGGCGUUACGAGCGCCGUGCUCUACCAGCUGAGCUACAGAGGACCACAUAAUUAACAUUGUAUUGGGUCAAAUGUACAACCCUUAUCAGGAUACGCUAUGAAUGAUAUGUUUUCCAGUCACUCUUCAUUUGAUAUAAUAGAAUAAUUAAUAAUGCCA